AUGCGCGAGUUAUUACUUGUACGAAAACUAGAAGAAGAAAAUGCAAAAAAAAAUAAACAAAAUGAGCUACCCUCACCUACUUCACCUGAAAACACAUCCAACAUUGACUCUUGCACCGAAAAAUCCCAUAAGCAAGAGACGCAAGAGGUGCAUCAAGAUACACAUGAUAUUACACUGAACAACAAUAGUGAAAUUAGUUUGUUGUCAGGAGAGAAUACACAGAAUAACCCCGAUAUUAAUAUUGUUCAGAAUCAGACUGCCAACAUUUUGAAUACAGAAAUCCAGCAGCACUUACCCAUACUUCCAGACGACAAUAAUUCGAUACUUAUCCCUCUGGAAACUUCAACUUCUAAUGACGUUACUUCCUCUGAUAAGACCAUUCAUUCAGUUGAACUUGCAGAAAAUAUAAGCGAUUUACCCGAAGAAAAGAAACAUGAUGUACUACAAACGAAACGAGAGAGCCUUAAAGAGUUUUUUCUUCAAAAACAACCAUAUAUACAUAAGGACUCUUACAACAAUAAUCCUGCAUUAGAUCCGGAUUUAAUAGAAACAGAGAGCCAAUCACCUUUAUCUCCAAUUUCAAGUAAGCAGAUUAAGAAAGGAAAUACAAAUUUAUCAGACCCAGAAAACUUGCUAUUAGAUAGUUCUAAUCAUCAAACUGAUCAAAUAGAUAGCAAAUUAAACUUUGACGAAAAACGUCAAAAAGCAGCAGCGGAUCGUGAUUUGCAGAGAAGGGAAUUAAGAAAUUUGAAGAAACAGAGAAAGCGCCAAUCCGCUGAACAGAAUCCUGAUGAUGAUAUAGUCAUUAUGGUGCCGACAAAGAAAACUACAACAGUUGAUAACUCUGAAGAAACUCCUACCGUUAUUGUUAAUUCUGAAGGACCAGAUGGAAAGACUACAAUUACUCGUAUAAAACGUCCAAAAGACAAAACUUCUGCUGAUUCAGAUACGGAUGGUUCAGUGGAUUUAGAUGCGCUCAUAGCUGAAGGCAGUGACUUGGAUUCUAAUGCAAUUCAAUUGAAUGAUGAUGGUUUGGAUGAUGGUGAUGACAGCUUUUGGAAAAUUGAUCCUGCAGAGGUACAUAUUCGUGAUUUAGAAAUUGAUUUAUAUAGUUUUGUUCUUGAAAAACAUUUAUCUCCAUCGACCACUCCUUUACGUCGUCCCUCACCAGACCCACAAAUUACACCAACUUUGACAAUUUCUAACAGACCAGUUAGCAUGAUCGCGGAAGAAGACGAGAAUUUAAGUGAUACACCUCUCGAAAUUGAUGGUCAAGAAGCGGAUGAUAUUUUUAGUCCUGGCGGAUUUGAUCUAAAAAAUGACGACGAAGAAGAUCAAAUUGACAUGUCAUUAGACACACAGAUUACUCCAAUUUUGAAACCUGUAUCACCAUCUCCGGUGCCUUCACCGUACCCAACACUUUCAGGUGGAAAAUCCGGAAUUCCGACCGGAUUACCAAAAACUGCUUUCAGUCCACAUUUUGGUCCGUCUCCUCUUUCACCUACCUCAUCUAGAGCUUCAUCUGUUGCUGAUCCAGAUGAAUAUGAGACAAUGUCAAAUGGUUCAUAUACUUCGGUUCGUUCGGCAGGAAGUGCAAAAUCUGGAACUUCCGGAAUACGGAGACCGUCAAAUACUUCAGGACUUCGUGCUCCCAGUCGAGCAGGUUCUCAUGCUACAUCUCCUUCAAGGAUGGUUCUUCCUACUAGGGUUGAUUCUCAUACAUCAAUCCCAUCCCCAGGGAGACAAAGAUCAUUGAGUGUUGUCAGUAAUAGUUCCACUGAAGAGAGCACUACUUCGUCAGUGGAUGCCGUAUCUCCUUCACGGAUUGCCUCUCCGACUCGUGGGGUUCGCAUAUAUAGUCCUAUGUCACAGGCUAUAACAGGUGGUGGUACUCGUCCAAGAUCUAUAAGUCGAGUAAGCAAUAGUUCUGCUGAAUCAUCUACUACUAAUGCCUCAACCUCUGGUGUACGUUCAUUAAAUAAAGCUGGCUCGAAUAUUGCCACUCCUAAAAUUUCAAAUAUAAAUUCGGGCAUUCCGAAUCGUGUUCGUAAUAAUAAUACGGAAAAGAAUGUAUCUAUAGCACGUCCUGUUUCACAAUUACAAUCUCCCUCUUCGUCUAGUUCAACCGGUUUGUCACGGACGACACAUAGAACUAGUUUGAUAAAGUCUCCAGGUUCUGCAACUUCCGUGCGGCCGCUUGGCGGAAACACCGCUGAAACUCCUAAACAAAAUACUAUAAAAAAAAUUAGACCACAAUCUCAUAUUGUUAAUGAUCACUCUUCAAACGAUAAUUAUUCCUCCUUUGGUUCAAAUGCACCUUCUGGUAUUAGAUCACCAUCUGGCUUGAGAAGUUCCACAAUUACUCGUAUUGGUAGUCGUCAGAGUUCAGAUAGCCUUUCUUCUCAUGACGAUUACAUUAUAUUUACUCCUCCAGAAUCACCUACAAAUGCUUCAGAAACAGAUUCUCUUACAUCCUUAACAAGUUCUGUCUCAUAUGGUUCUUCACCUGGUAGAGGAACAUCUCCAAUACCCCCUGCAUCAGUAAUUACUUCAACUAGAAUUUCAUCAAAGUCAAACAACCGAACAUCAAUGAUUACACCUCCAUCUGGCAUAAGUAAACUUACUUAUACUAGAACUACUCCUUUAAAACCUGCAACUCCUGGCA